AUGGCCAUGGCUGGUCCAGCUUGCAGAUUUCUCUCGUGUUUUCUGUGUUUUGUAGCAUGUCUUAUCGUUAUGGAGUCUGCUUUGUCUGCCCAUUCAUGGUGCACCCCACAUCCCAACCCGAGGGGAGAAGCGGAGUUUAAGCAGAAGACAGACAAGUUUUGGGAGUACCAGGAGCAGAGCAAUACCUGGGUGGAAAUAAGCAUGCCUUUCAAUCUCAUGUCCUGUAUCAACGGCACCUGCACAAAGGUAGGCUCGAUCAAGCAACCAGAAAGCAAACAUGGCCGUGCUUCCGUCUCGAGUCAAGAGAAGGAUACUGAUCCAGUCCUGCCCAUAAGGAAAAGAAUCUCCCUGGCAAGGAUGUCAGAGUCGUCCGUGUGGGUCACAGGGCAGAGCGGAUCAAUCUAUGAGAGGUUCUGGAACGGGGUCAUGUGGGUGAUUGCUCCUCAUGAGCUUCCAACGGCGGCUGGGUAUGCAACAGCAACUUUCAUCGUCAACACAACCAUCCUUGCUCUGUCCGAGGCUGGAAUCCUCUACCAGCAAAGCAUAAAUCCUAUAUCGUCAAGUGAAAUAGACUUCUGCAUGAAUUCAGUUGCAAACAAAUUAGUCGCUCUACAGCUAAAUGAACAUGCCCAGCCUAUCUGGACUGAGAUGACAUUCAGCUAUGAACAACAUUUCACAAACCUUGAAGAGAAGACACAAAGUCAAGCUACACACAUAAAAAAUGGGGUCGUAUCACAUAAUGGAAGGAAACUUUUCCUUUCUAUCACGAAUGGGUCCCUAAUUGAGGUCACAGAACUUCAGCCUCUAAGGUGGAAUUGCCAUGGGCGUCCCCCAGGAGCAGAUGUAUCAUAUAUAUCUGAUGCUGAAAAUGCAAGACCAGGGACCUUGUUCACAGUAAGUUCUACUGGAGACCUAUAUGAAUUUGAUAAGGAAACGAAGCCAUCAUGGAAAAAGCAUAUAUGGAGUGAACAAACAACCAAAAAUGUCUCGCUGAGCUCAUCUGUUGGGUGUGCUUUGCAUGGUCUCUUAGGCUCUAAUUCAGUAUCACUCUUUCUGAUAACCAAGUUGUUAAAGGUGUUUAUAGAUUGGCAGGAUGGUCUUUUAGUGGAGCGGCGCUUGCAUAGAAGAAAGUGGAAGUGGGAUAAACAUGGAGCACCUAAGGGUCAAAGACUAAGUUCAAUUACAGAAGUUCAACAGGAUGAAUCUAAUGAUGCGACUUCAAUGUUUUUUACAACAACCACAGGAAAACAAUUCUUUAAGUUCCAAGAAGAAACUAAGUUGACAUUGUUUAUCUUCUCCAUUGGACAAGGUGGGGCUUCAAGCAAUAAGAUUAGAGGACUAUGGGUAAAUCACAUGUCUCCUGACCAUGCAAAAGUAGCAGCAAGUGUUCGAGGUCUACAGAUUCAAGUUGGCAGAUUGAUAUUCCAGCUAGAUGAUGGUAGGCUUGGAGAGCUACAUUUACCUGGCAUGGGAGGUGGUCAUUUUGGUCCAAGUCAACAAAAUAGCAUAAGAAGGAAAGUGCCAAACAAGUAUGAGUGGUCUAUCCUAGAUACACCAGAAACAGAAGGUUGGAAUGCAGAAUAUUGCACUGAAGAGCAUGGCCCUACAAACUGUAUUACUGGAGCGAUGAAUGUAGCUGCAGAUACGGAACCAACCAACCUGAGCAAUGCCCCACCUAGAAGGCGUAAAGCAGAAGAGAAGCAACACUACCUGCAUGGUCAUAGUCAUGAGAGUGAUGAAACUGAAUCAUACAACAUUCUAUCACGAAGCAUUUAUCUUAACUUCCAUAUGCGGGUGAUGCAUGCAGAUAGAUCACUUUUCCUCAUAACAGAUAACGGAUUAACUUUGGAAUAUCUAAACAGCAAUGGUGUCUGGCUAUGGCUAAGACAUGAACACAUUACAGGCAUGAAGGGUACACUAGGAAGCUAUAAUGGCAGCUUGUAUCUUGUCGAUCUUCAUGGGAACUUGCAUAUUAGAGAAAGAAAUGGUGACGAACUCUUAUGGAUUAAUUGCACAGCAAUGAGGAAGGGAAGACAGGUUGCAAGUGGGCCUCCAUGGGAUGGCAUCCCUGGGUUAUCACGCAGAGUGACAACAGAUGAUGCACUUUUCUUUGUUAACAAGAGAGGCAGAUUGCUACAAUUCACGGUGGCAUUGCGUAAAUUCAAGUGGAAGGACUGCCACAGCCCUCCCGAUACCAAGGUUGCAUUCAUCGUGGAUCAGGAGGUGUUUAGAAGAAAUAUCAUCUUCGUGGUUGGCCGGAACGAUCGGAUGUACCAGUAUAACAGAAUUACAGAGCUAUGGCACAGGCACUACCAAUCACCUCACCUCGUCCUGUCAAGAUCCCCUGGGACAGCGAUGAGGCCGUCGCCUCUCUCCCUCACCGGCUCCAUCUUCAUGAUAUCCGAGCAGGGGGGCCUCGUGGAGUACCAUUUCAGCCCGCAUGACGGAUGGGAGUGGGUAGAGCACGGGACGCCCCACCGGGACGUGACCCUCGUGGUCGCCCCAGGGUCGUGCUUCGACGGCACCCAGCUGUUCGUCAUCGGGUCCGACGGACACGUCUACCUGCGGCACCUGGACGAGCGAACGUGGAGGUGGACGAGCCACGGGCACCCGUCGGAACCAUCCAGCACGACGACGGACGUUGCCGGCGGCGGCGAGCAGAGCUGCGCCACGCUGGGCGCCGCGGACGCGCACUACGCGAGCAGCUUCAGGGGGAGCUGCGACGAAAAGGUGGCGGCCGUGCGGCCGGUGCCGUUCUCCGAGGACGCGGUGGUCUUCGAGCUGCGCGACGGCCGGGUAAGCAACAAGCUGCGGCGUGCGGCGGAGGGUCGCAGCGGGUGGGAGUGGGCGCGGAUCAUCGGCACGCCCGCCAGCGCCUGCAUGACAAGCUACUGGACGGCCGUCGCCACGUAG